AGAUGCAGUCCGCCGCCGCCGCCGCCGCCGCCGCCGCCGCCGCCUCAGCCAAAAAUGCAAGAUUAGAUCUCUAAAUGCAGCAAAACACUGCCUGAAAACAGACCAGCCGGAGAAGCAAGCAGGCAUUUCACAGCUCUCCGGGAAAGCUUCAAAAUAUAACUGAUUCUCUCUUCAUUGCUCCCCAUCCCCAUCAAUUUUAUCACUGGAGGCGACCAGAAACAAGUAAGGAUUUCACUUUCUGAUCUGCCUGGAGACACACCUCCCCGCUCCCUCCCCCACCCAAUGUGAGGAGUAUUCCGGAGGCUACUGGCGGGAGUGGAUUUGCAGCGUCCUAGCGGGAGCGAGGAAAACCUACGCAUUCUAUGCUCAUUAUCAUCCCCUCCCCAGACUCGAUUUACAUCUUCUCGCCAGCGUAGUCGCUCAAGUUUGAGUCGUCUCAAGUUCCGGUGGCAGAGACAAAGCCCAGGGCUUGCCCCAGCCGCAGGGAGCCGCCGCCUUGCUCCAUGCUCGUGCAGCUUUGCUGCGCCGCUGCUUCUCGCUCAGUGCGGAUGCUGUAGAUCAACAGGUUCGGGAACUUGAGCGGAAUAAGGAGGGACCGCCGGGUGCCGCAGCCCGGGAGCCAAGGAAAGGAAGGACCCACAGACUUGUGGCUGGUGUCGCGCGCGCAUGCUGCGCGGAGGCUCCAGGCUGACGCGCACCCAUCAGCUCUCCCCUCCAGUCCGGCUGCUCCGGCCCCCACCCCAAGGGUCUGGGAUGUAUCUUUCCAUCUGUUGCUGUUUUCUGCUAUGGGCCCCUGCCCUGACACUCAAAAACCUCAACUACUCCGUGCCGGAGGAGCAGGGGGCCGGCACGGUGAUCGGCAACAUCGGCAAGGAUGCUCGACUGCAGCCAGGGAUUCAGCCUGCAGAGCGCGGAGGCAGCGGGCGCAGCAAGUCCGGUAGCUACCGGGUGCUGGAGAACUCCGCGCCUCACCUGCUGGACGUGGACGCUGACAGCGGGCUCCUCUACACCAAGCAGCGCAUCGACCGUGAGUCCCUAUGCCGCCACAACGCCAAAUGCCAGUUGUCCCUCGAGGUAUUCGCCAACGACAAGGAGAUCUGCAUGAUCAAGGUGGAAAUCCAGGACAUCAACGACAAUUCGCCCUCCUUCCCUUCGGACCAGAUUGAGAUGGACAUCUCAGAGAAUGCCGCCCCUGGCACCCGCUUCCCCCUUACCAGUGCACACGACCCCGACGCCGGGGAGAACGGGCUCCGAACCUAUCUUCUCACGCGUGACGACCACGGCCUCUUCUCGCUGGACGUCAAGUCCCGCGGCGAUGGCACCAAGUUCCCAGAGCUGGUGAUCCAGAAGGCACUGGACCGUGAGCAGCAGAACCACCACACACUCGUGCUGACCGCCUUGGAUGGUGGCGAGCCGCCUCGCUCAGCCACUGUGCAGAUCAACGUGAAGGUGAUUGACUCCAACGACAAUAGCCCAGUCUUCGAGGCGCCCUCCUACCUGGUGGAACUGCCUGAGAACGCCCCAAUGGGCACCGUGGUAAUUGAUCUGAACGCCACUGACGCCGACGAGGGUCCCAAUGGUGAAGUGCUCUACUCCUUUAGCAGCUAUGUGCCAGAUCGCGUGCGGGAGCUGUUCUCCAUCGACCCCAAGACCGGCCUGAUCCGUGUCAAAGGCAACCUGGACUAUGAGGAGAAUGGAAUGCUGGAGAUCGACGUGCAGGCCCGAGACCUGGGUCCCAACCCCAUCCCGGCCCACUGCAAGGUCACUGUCAAGCUCAUCGACCGCAACGACAACGCGCCGUCCAUUGGUUUCGUCUCUGUGCGCCAGGGGGCGCUGAGUGAGGCCGCCCCGCCAGGCACCGUCAUAGCCCUAGUGCGGGUCACUGACCGCGACUCGGGCAAGAACGGGCAGCUGCAGUGCCGGGUCCUGGGCGGGGGUGGGACGGCCGGCGGCGGCGGUCUGGGAGGGUCUGGAGGUUCUGUGCCCUUCAAGCUUGAGGAAAACUAUGACAACUUCUACACGGUAGUGACUGACCGCCCGCUGGACCGGGAGACACAGGACGAGUACAACGUGACUAUCGUGGCGCGGGACGGGGGCUCACCUCCACUCAAUUCCACCAAGUCGUUCGCUGUCAAGAUUCUGGACGAGAACGACAACCCUCCUCGUUUCACCAAGGGACUCUACGUGCUGCAGGUGCACGAGAACAACAUCCCAGGAGAGUACCUGGGCUCGGUGCUCGCCCAGGACCCCGAUCUGGGCCAAAACGGCACAGUGUCCUACUCCAUCCUGCCCUCGCACAUCGGCGACGUGUCCAUCUACACAUAUGUGUCUGUGAACCCCACCAACGGGGCCAUCUACGCCCUGCGCUCCUUUAACUAUGAGCAGACCAAGGCUUUUGAGUUCAAGGUGCUUGCUAAGGACUCUGGGGCGCCCGCACACUUGGAGAGCAACGCUACUGUGAGGGUGACAGUGCUAGACGUGAAUGACAACGCGCCGGUGAUCGUACUGCCCACGCUGCAGAACGACACCGCUGAGCUGCAAGUGCCCCGCAACGCGGGCCUGGGUUACCUGGUGAGCACCGUGCGCGCCCUUGACAGCGACUUCGGGGAAAGCGGGCGCCUCACCUACGAGAUCGUAGACGGUAACGACGACCACCUGUUUGAAAUAGAUCCGUCCAGCGGUGAGAUCCGCACGCUGCACCCAUUUUGGGAGGACGUGACUCCGGUGGUGGAGCUGGUAGUGAAGGUGACUGACCACGGCAAGCCUACCCUGUCCGCUGUGGCCAAACUCAUCAUCCGCUCGGUGAGCGGCUCCUUGCCCGAGGGGGUUCCCCGGGUGAAUGGCGAGCAGCACCACUGGGACAUGUCUCUGCCGCUCAUCGUGACUCUGAGCACUAUUUCUAUCAUCCUUCUAGCUGCCAUGAUCACCAUCGCCGUCAAGUGCAAGCGAGAGAACAAGGAGAUCCGCACUUACAACUGCCGCAUCGCAGAGUACAGCCACCCGCAGUUGGGCGGGGGCAAGGGCAAGAAGAAGAAGAUCAAUAAAAACGAUAUCAUGCUGGUGCAGAGCGAAGUGGAGGAAAGAAACGCCAUGAACGUCAUGAACGUGGUGAGCAGCCCCUCCCUGGCCACCUCCCCCAUGUACUUCGACUAUCAGACCCGCCUGCCCCUCAGCUCGCCCCGGUCGGAGGUGAUGUAUCUCAAACCAGCCUCCAACAACCUGACUGUUCCUCAGGGGCACGCGGGCUGCCACACCAGCUUCACCGGACAAGGGACUAAUGCGAGCGAGACCCCGGCCACGCGGAUGUCCAUAAUUCAGACAGACAAUUUUCCCGCAGAGCCCAAUUACAUGGGCAGCAGGCAGCAGUUUGUUCAAAGUAGCUCCACGUUUAAGGACCCAGAAAGAGCCAGCCUGAGAGACAGUGGGCACGGGGACAGUGAUCAGGCUGACAGUGACCAAGACACUAACAAAGGCUCCUGCUGUGACAUGUCUGUUAGGGAGGCACUCAAGAUGAAAACUACUUCAACUAAAAGCCAACCACUUGAACAAGAACCAGAAGAGUGUGUUAAUUGCACAGACGAAUGCCGAGUGCUUGGUCAUUCUGACAGGUGUUGGAUGCCACAGUUCCCUGCAGCCAAUCAGGCUGAAAACGCAGAUUACCGCACAAAUCUCUUUGUACCCACAGUUGAAGCUAAUGUUGAGACUGAGACUUAUGAAACUGUGAAUCCCACUGGGAAAAAGACUUUUUGUACAUUUGGAAAAGACAAGCGAGAGCACACUAUUCUCAUUGCCAAUGUUAAACCUUAUUUAAAAGCCAAACGUGCCCUGAGCCCUCUUCUCCAAGAGGUCCCCUCAGCAUCAAGCAGCCCAACCAAGGCGUGCGUGGAGCCCUGCACCUCAACGAAAGGCUCUCAGGAUGGCUGUGAAGCUAAACCAGGCGCCCUGGCCGAAGCAAGCAGCCAGUACUUGCCCACUGACAGUCAGUAUCUGUCACCCAGUAAGCAACCCAGAGACCCUCCCUUCAUGGCGUCCGAUCAGAUGGCAAGGGUCUUCGCAGAUGUGCAUUCUAGAGCCAGCCGCGAUUCCAGCGAGAUGGGGGCUGUCCUUGAGCAGCUCGACCACCCCAACAGGGAUCUGGGCAGAGAGUCGGUGGAUGCGGAGGAAGUUGUGAGAGAAAUCGACAAGCUUUUGCAGGACUGCCGGGGAAAUGACCCUGUGGCUGUGAGAAAGUGAGGGGGUGUGGGGGAGCAUUGGCAUUUUCUUGUCUCUUCUGUUGAGUUAAAAAUGAUCCCUCCUGGUGACAACCUGGUUUAUAGAGACGAAGAGAGACCAAUGCUGCUUUAAGGCUUUUCGUGAACAUCUGAAGUGCCCACAAGUAUGUUCUUUUCACUGCUAUUUCUUUUACAGAGAUAACUGGUUUUGUUUUGAACAGACUUAUAUUAGGACAGAAUUAAUGAUGCGCAAAGAG